AUGUCGCGUCCAGAAGAUUUGGCACCACCGGAAAUCUUUUAUAAUGAUAGCGAGGCACAGAAGUAUACGGGUUCGACGAGAGUGCAGCAUAUCCAGGCGAAAAUGACGCUGAGGGCGUUAGAGCUCUUGAAUCUGCAGCCGUGCAGUUUCAUCCUGGAUAUCGGGUGUGGGUCUGGACUUUCUGGCGAGAUUUUGACCGAGGAGGGAGACCAUGUGUGGUGUGGGCUGGAUAUAUCGCCCAGCAUGCUUGCGACUGGUCUCAGUAGGGAGCUGGAAGGUGAUCUGAUGUUGCACGAUAUGGGUACAGGGGUGCCCUUCCGGGCGGGCUCGUUUGAUGCGGCGAUCAGCAUCAGUGCGAUCCAAUGGCUGUGCAACGCUGACACUUCGUACAACGAUCCGAAACAGCGGUUGAUGAGGUUUUUCAACACGCUGUAUGCUGCGUUGAAGAAGGGUGGGAAGUUUGUCGCUCAGUUCUACCCCAAAAACGAGGACCAAGUGGACGAUAUCCUGCAAUCUGCCAAGGUGGCAGGGUUCAGCGGCGGGCUUGUGAUGGACGACCCAGAGUCCAAAAAGAAUAAGAAAUACUAUCUCGUGUUGAGCAGUGGGGCGCCACCGCAGGGCGAGGAGCAGGUCAACCUGGACGGUGUGACUAUGGACGAAGAGAACGCCAACUUGAAGAACCAGCUGCGCCAGCGUUUGAAGGGGGGCAAAGACAAAGAGUCUGCCAAGAGCUUCAUUCUAAGAAAGAAGGAGCUCAUGAAGAGGCGUGGCAGGAAGGUCGCGAAGGACUCCAAAUUCACCGGGAGGAAGAGAAGGCACAGGUUCUGA